CGCGGUCACGGCGGGGCUGCUGCCGCCGCUGCCACGUCAGGGGAGUUUCCCGAGGCGAGGGGAGGCGGGCUGGGCUGGGCCCGGCCUUUCUCCUCCUCCGGCCCCGGCCCCCGCUGCCGGAGACGCUGCGGAGGGAGAGAGCGAGCGGUGCCGGCUGCCAUGGAGGCCCGGUACAACCUCAAGAGCCCGGUUGUCAAUACUUUAUGUGAGCAUAAGAGGCUUGUGGGUCUUGCAAAAGGAUAUAUGUGAGGCUGUGAAGAUGUAAAGCAGCUAUUCAGGAGGCUUGUGGGUCAUGGAAAAGGAUGUAUCUGGGACCCUGAAGAUGGAAAGCAGCUGGCCUGUCUCUUGAUAAGUGGUGUUUCCAUUUGUUUUGUACCAGAAGUCAAAGGAACUGCCAAACCAAAUUCUAAAAGAAAAGCAGUGUGGGAACAUAUGGCUGCCCCAGACAGUUGUUACAUUUCUGCAAUGGCACAUUUCAGUUUUGUAAGAACAAUUGUUUUGUCUUGUUACUUGAGAUCUGCAUAAAAUUGGAACUUGACUAGUGAAGAACAUCACCGAGGCAGUGAAUGCUGUCAAACGUUUGAUGAAAGAGGCUGCAGAACUGAAGGAUCCUACAGAUCAUUAUCACGCACAGCCUUUGGAGGAUAAUCUUUUUGAAUGGCAUUUUACUGUUAGAGGCCCUCCAGAUUCAGAUUUCGAUGGAGGGAUUUAUCACGGGCGAAUAGUACUACCACCUGAAUAUCCCAUGAAACCACCCAGCAUUAUUUUGCUGACGGCCAAUGGCAGGUUUGAAGUGGGGAAGAAAAUUUGUUUAAGCAUCUCGGGCCAUCAUCCUGAAACAUGGCAGCCUUCAUGGAGUAUAAGAACAGCUUUACUAGCCAUUAUUGGAUUUAUGCCAACCAAAGGUGAAGGAGCAAUAGGAUCUCUAGAUUAUACACCUGAAGAAAGAAGAGCUCUUGCUAAAAAGUCACAAGACUUCUGUUGUGAAAUGUGUGGCACAUCUAUGAAGACGGCUCUCUUACCACUGACAUCCGGAAGCGUGUCAAGCCAGGCAGACAAGGAAGCUAAAGAACUUGCCAGACAAAUUAGCUUCAAGGCAGAAGUAAAUUCAUCUAGGAAGUCUGAUGCUGGACCGUCAAACACAUCGGGACUGAACCACUCUGCCGCUUCAUGUGAGCCCCAGCAGGAUGGUACAGCUAGAGUGCUCCAGGACCCAGCAAGCGCAAUGAAUAGCAGUGCCACGGCCAGUCAAGAGCAGACUCCGCCGGUGUCCACUAACACAUCUCUAAGUCCUCGGCAGCGCCGUGCCCAGCAGCAGAGUCAGAGACGGGCUCCGUCUUCAACUGACUUUAAUCGGGUGCAGCAACCAAGAGUCAACAUGAACCACACUGGAUCAACUGUUCUGAUCGUCCUUCUGACUUUUGCAUUGGCAGCUCUUAUAUUUCGUAGAAUAUGUUUGGCUAACGAGUAUAUAUUUGAGUUUUAAGGUUGUUCGUUGUGACAGCAGUGACCUGAAUGCUUCAUUGAACAUUCUGUGUUGGGUAUGACAUGAGAACUGUUUACAAAGAUUACCUUUUGUAUUCACGCUUAAAUCCUUAUGAAUGCUAAUGUACCUACAGAUACAUUACUUGUAAGAAAAGCGAAGUCGGCUAUUUAACUACAACAAGUAUUAAUUGAGCGCCCACAAGAGAAAGUGCAGUGGAAGAGUAACAUUAAGGCAUGUGGUAGGGAAAUCAAUCUGAGUAAUUUAUCAACUAGAAAAAGACAACUGAAAAAAAGCGGUUCAUUCACUUCUUUUGUGGAAUGUAAAUGCAAUUAAUCACCCCAUCUCAGUUAGUAUAAGAUUUGAUAUUGGAGAAGGAAUUAUAAAAUGUAACACUGCUAUGUGUUUGUGUCCAGUGAACUCCUAAUUUAGAGGGGAUACAGUUUAGUAACCACUUUUAUUUACCAUGACACAUUUCUAGAGGGGGAACACAUACGAAUUGGUUAUGAUGCUGCUUUGUGUGUGUGAAAGGGGGAAAGGAGUACGGGAGGAAAGAAGGGGCCAGAAAACUGCUUGCAUUAUUUUGAUUUUUAUUUUUUUGAAGAAAGAUUGGAUAAUCUUUUGCAAGAUUUGAAUGUCCUCUUCUAAUACUCUCAAUUGUAUAUCUUGGUUUUUUUAAAUUUGAAGAUUAUAUAAAACAUGUCUAUUCUUGCAAUAGUUAUAAAUAUGUAAUAUAAUUAUUUACCCAGAGCUAUUGUCUUUUAAUUAUACCAGAAAUAUACAUAAUGUGUUGAACUGGAUAUUUCAUAUGUGGUUUUAUUUACUAAAGAAAAUUUAAAACUUAAACUCUCAUAUGUAUGAACACGCUUAAGAGAAAUAUUUAUUAAAACCUGGGUAGUAAUAAACAGUUUAAAGCCAA